CUGCCACGUCAGUACAGCCACCUGCCCAUUGGCGGGUAUAAAUAGAAGCAUUUAUUUCAUUGUAAGGGGUUGGCAACUUUCUAUUCUUAGCAUACUAGCUUCAGCACUCUUACUCGCAGCAUUUCUAACUGCCUUGUAAGACGAACGGCCGACGUGCCUUUGUUAGCAAGUAGAUUGUACUUAGGGGAGUUAUUACGAAGUUAAUAAUACCUAUUUACAUUGCCUGCUAUUACUCUUGUUUCCUGAUUCAUCUAAUAGUUGUUGGGCUAGAUAACCACACACUCACUCCACUCGAAAUCUUUGGGCUUACGUGUUGGGUCCAAGGGUUGAAGGAAUAAACAUCAACAAGUCCUAUUUAAGAAAUUGACUGAUAAUCAAAUUACUAAAAUUAGAAAUUGAAUACCCAAAAUAUCAAAUUGAAGAUGAUAGGGAUUAAAAAUGGCAAAAACAAUUCUUUUAAGUCCAAAAUAAUUCGUUUUUUAAACAGGAUAAGAAUGUGAGUAGGAUCCGAUCAAGCAGUUAGUUGGAUAGAUGGUGACUUCUUUGUCUUCUUUCGGUUAUAGGUUUACUUCAUUUCAGGCAGGGAAUGAUUCCUGUGUUUUUUCUUUUUGAAGAAUACAUUUCCACCAUUCUCGCAACUGUCUGUUAUAGUCCUGUUUAUCCACAGAAUCUGCUGAUUAUUUUGCUGCUCGGAAUUUACUUUUCCGGUGAAUGAAAUCACGCCGGCAGCGCAAGGCUGAAACUCGAUGGCGAUAAACCAGCGGAAAAUUCUCACGGUGGUGGCUCCCUUCGAAUGCUCCUGGAACGAUGAUCUUCGGUUCAGAGAGGGCGGAAGAGGCUGCGUAGCUUUUGAUGCUUUUGCCCAAAAUGACGUCACUGUUGUUUUCCGAGAGCGUGUAGGUAGCCAACACUAUCAUUACAAGAGGGACGAUAGUCCCCAUUACACAGUGAUUAUAGGCAGUCAUAGGAAUAGAAGGUUGAAAAUCGAGGUGGAUGGGGAAACGGCGGUCGAUGCGGCUGGAGUUGACCUUUGCUGUUCUGCUUCAACAUUUCAGAGCUACUGGAUCUGCGUCUAUGAUGGUUUGAUUAGUGUUGGCAAAGGAAGGAAUCCGUUUCAGGACCUUUGCUUUCAGUGGCAUCACUCAAACCCUAAUUGCAGCGUUCAGUAUGUUGGUCUCAGUAGUUGGGACAAACAUGUUGGCUACAGGAAUGUUCAAAUACUACCACCUGUCACACUGAACCAUAGUGUAAGUUUGUGGGAACAUGUAGAUCAUCAUCAUCGAAAUGAUGGAUGUGAGAAUGGUAAUAGUAAGGGUGAACUGGUGGGGGAUACAGGUGGAGAGUUUGAAGCAAGUUGGGGUGGUCUUGAAAAUUAUCUUGAGAGCUGGGAACUAUCUGAUGUCAUCUUCAUUGUUGGAAAAGAUGAGGGAAGGGCUGUACCAGCUCAUAAGGUCAUAUUGGCGGCGUCCGGGGAUUUUAGCUUCACUUCUUCUGGUAAAGACGUUAUUAACCUGCAUGAUCUUAGUUAUCCAGUUCUCCAUGCCUUUCUCCAGUAUAUCUACACUGGACAUACCCAGAUAUCAGAAUGUGAAGUCAAUUCCUUGGAAGCUUUGAGCUUGCAGUUUAAAGUUACACCAUUGCUAAAGCAAUGUGAAGAAAUUGUUGCACAUUUUAGCAUUGACAACAGACUUUUAGAUUCGGGUAAGAAUGCAGAGAUAUCCUAUGUGAGCCGGGUUCCUUGCAUCCCUGCCUUCCCUUAUGGGCUACCGAUCAAUACAUGGAAGCUAGAACAAUUUUUUCUAACUGGCAAGUAUAGUGAUCUAGAGAUAUAUGUUGGAGACUUCAUUGUGCAAUCCCACAAAGUUAUACUUGGUUUGUGGAGUGCUCCUUUCUCAAAGAUGUUCUCUAAUGGCAUGAAGGAAAGUUUUUCUUCUACUCUCCCCUUAAGAGAUGUUAAUCCUGAAGCAUUUCGAGCUAUGCUCGAGUUCUUGUACACCGGAAAACUAAAGAAAGAAAUCAUGGGGGACAUCAACACCCUGUUACUCCAGCUGCUUCUACUGGCAGAUAAGUUUGGGGUCUAUCUACUUCAUCAGGAGUGCUGCAAAGCAGUUCUUGAGCACCUUAAAGAGGAUUGGAGUUAUUCAUUCGAUGGAGGACACGGUUUGCCCUGUUCUUCAAGUGAUAGCAUCAGUUCUGUCAUGUAAACUAAUUGAAGAAGCGUACGAGAGGGAAUUCGCUAUGCAUUUUGAUUAUUGUACUACAGCCAGCAAUGAAUUUGUCAUGCUAGAUGAAGCAACAUUUAGUGUUAUCCUCCAGCAUCCAGAGUUGACUGUCACAUCUGAAGAAAAUGUUCUGAAUGCAAUAUUUUGCUGGUCCUUGCAAGCAGAGGAAUACUUUGGAUGGGAAAGGAUAGAUGAGAUGAUGAUGAAUUCAACUCCUGAAGUACUUUUUGGACAACGGCUUACAUCGCUUGAUUUGUUUUUUCCUUUUGUGCGUUUUUCAUUGCUUCCACAUGCUUUGCUUGAAAAGUUGCAGAGAAGUGAAAUUAGCAAGCAAAUUCCUAUUUUUCAUCAUCUGGUGAAAGAAGCUAUCACUUUUCUACAAUUCGGGAGCACUUGUCUUGAGAAAAACUAUAGGUUUCAGCACAGAAGAUCCAGUUUUAAAGAGCACCAGUACAUCUGUGAUGGGGAUAGCAAUGGGGUUUUUUAUUUUGCAGGCACAUCAUAUGGUGCACACCAGUGGAUGAACCCAGUUCUGUGUAAGAGAGUAAACAUUACAGCAAGCAGUCCCUUUUCAAGAUUCACGGAUCCUAAGGUCUUGGUCUCAAGGAAUUUUCAGGGUACUUCUUUUGCUGGACCUCAGGUCGAAAGUGGAAACAUUAGCUCGUGGUGGAUGGUUGAUCUAGGUCAUGAUCACCAGCUGAUGUGCAACUAUUACACAAUACGCCAGGAUGGAUCAAGGACUUUCAUGAGAAGCUGGAAUUUUCAGGGAUCUGGAGAUGGUGUGAACUGGACAAACUUGAUAGAGCACAAGGAAGACCAGACAAUUUGCAAGCCCGGUCAGUUCGCAUCCUGGCCAGUGAUUGGUUCUGGCCCGUUGUUUCCUUUCAGAUUUUUUCGAAUCCUGAUGACUGGUCCUAGCGCAGACGAGGUGGACAUCUGGAACUGCUCCAUCUGCUUCUUGGAACUCUAUGGAUAUUUUCUCUAGCAUGCUUUGUUUAUGCAAUAUGCAUUCCAAUGAGGCAAUGAUCCAAACUUGCUAUAUUUGUGAUUGAUGCUGCCACUGGAAAUACUAUACUGAAUUUGAACGAAUAAUAAACAUUAACUUGUUGAAUUUCCGCCAACGUUUCAGGAAAAAAAAAAUCAACCAAUGUUUUACUUCCC